CUGGCAGGUGGCUAACAGCUGUUUUUGUGAGGCAAAGAUUAUACAAACGGUUGAUUCUUGAAUGAAAACGCGUAUUUAAUUGUAAUUUCAAAUUCUAAAAAAUUGCUAUAAAUGCUACGCACAUUUGGCUCUGUGCGCGUGCAUUGCCAGCAACUGCUGAGGCACACACAAUGCCGCGCCGCAAACAAUUCACAACUGCCGCUGCGAAAAUGUCGCGCACAGUCAACACUAGGCGGCAAUCGCGGCGAUUCAGAUGCAGCGCGUAAAUUACGCGCAAAGUCGACACUAUACUACAUAACCGCUGGCGGUGUGCUCAUAGUGGGUCUCAGCUAUGCGGCUGUGCCACUAUACAGCAUCUUUUGCCAGGCGUACAGCUAUGGCGGCACCACUUCACAGGGUCACGAUGCCGAGAAGGUGGAGCACAUGGUCAAAGUGAAGGAUCGUGUGCUGAAGAUACGCUUCAAUGCGGACAUUGGCUCCUCCAUGCGUUGGAACUUUAAGCCCCAACAAUAUGAAAUUAAAGUGGCGCCGGGUGAGACAGCGCUCGCUUUCUACACGGCCAAAAAUCCCACGGACAAGCCGGUCGUUGGGAUUAGCACCUACAAUGUGAUUCCAUUUGAGGCGGGCGCAUAUUUCAAUAAAAUCCAAUGCUUUUGCUUUGAGGAGCAAAUGCUUAAUCCUCACGAGGAAGUGGAUAUGCCCGUCUUCUUCUACAUUGAUCCUGAAAUCACACAAGAUCCGGCGCUCGAGUAUUGUGACACCAUUACACUAUCCUACACGUUCUUCGAGGCUAAGGAGGGUUUGCAAUUAAACUUUCCCAGCUAUGCUAAGCCCCAUACAGCUAAGGCAUAGAAUUCGCUGCUUCUGUAAAGAUGUGAUGAAAUAAAUUGUU